CUCUGACAACCAGCCCGGGGUCCUGAUCCAGGUCUACGAAGGGGAGAGAGCCAUGACCAAGGACAACAACCUGCUAGGAAGGUUUGAGCUGACGGGAAUCCCACCCGCUCCAAGAGGCGUUCCGCAGAUCGAAGUGACCUUUGACAUCGACGCCAACGGCAUUCUGAACGUGUCUGCGGUGGACAAGAGCACUGGCAAAGAGAACAAGAUCACCAUCACCAACGAUAAGGGCCGACUGAGCAAAGAGGAGAUCGAGAGGAUGGUGCAGGACGCUGAGAAGUACAAAGCUGAGGAUGAGCUGCAGAAAGACAAAAUAGCUGCCAAGAACUCCUUGGAGUCCUACGCUUUCAGCAUGAAGAGCAGCGUGGAGGACGAGAGCUUGAAGGGCAAAAUCAGCGAGGAGGACAAGAAGAAGGUGAUAGACAAGUGUAAAGAGACCAUCAGCUGGCUGGAGAACAACCAGCUGGCCGACAAAGACGAGUACCAACACCAGCAGAGAGAGCUGGAGAAGGUCUGCAACCCCAUCAUCAGCAAGCUGUAUCAGGGAGGGAUGCCCACUGGUACCUGUAGACAGGAGGCAGGAGCCCACAACCAGGGGCCCACUAUUGAAGAGGUGGACUGAAGGAGCCCUUCAUGUGGACUCAUCUCCUGGACUGUUUACAGGUUCUACUGGACCUGUCAGAACCUUGGACUCUUUUCAGACUAAACACAUG